UUUAUCAAUUGAUUGAAAUGGUCUCCACAUUCAUCUCCAAUGGAAGAGCAAUUUUCCUUGUUCUUUUUUCAAUGAUAUUGAUAACAAUAUAUGUUACAACAUUCUCGGGAAACAGAGUCAACUACACGGACAAGCUGCGGGAUAUUGUUCCUUCUUUGAAAUCUCUAACGCUGACGACUGAGCGGUCAAAUACCGAAAGUGUCAAUUACACGGACAAGCUGUGGGAUAGUGUUCCUUCUUUGAAAUCUCUAACGCUGAUGAAUGAGCGGUCAAUUAACGAAACAAUCAAAAUUCUAAAUUGGAAAAAGAAUACUGUACAAAUCAUGCAAAAACAAUUCAAAGUAUUCUGGAAAUCAAUUUCUUCUAUCAUAUUGAUAAACGCAACAGAAGAAGCAAAAAAAGAUGCAUCGGCACUUAAGGACGGUUUCAAUGUUUUGGACAUUCGAUAUAAAGAAAUAGGAAACUUUUUCGACCAUAAAAUUGCAACAGAGCGCGACGACUACUUCAAUGGAACUUCCACGGAAUUCUACAUUCUUUCAAACCUUCUUUCUGAUCUGAAAUACUACUGGUUGCAUAUAUCAUCGGUAAUUAAAAAAUUAGGUCUUCCAAGCAACAUCCAAGAAUUUGGAAACAAUGGAUAUAUAAAAUCAAAAAAAGAACUCAAAAACUUGAUUGGAGAAUCUGAAACGAUCGCCCGUAAAUAUAUGGAUAACUUGCAGAUGUACGUGCAACAAAGAAUAGCCGAAUUGCAGAAUCCUAAUAAUUGCAUCAGUGCAUCAGUUUAUGUGUGUAAUAUGGUAAAUCAAGCAGGAUUUGGCAGUGAGUUGCACACCAUACUCAAAUGUUUUUUACCUGCUUUCAAACAACAAAGAACACUGAUUCAUCAUAUGAAAGAAUGGAAAUAUGAUCCCGAAGGAUGGAGUCAUCUCUUUGCCCCACUAAGUGAUUGUGACGAAACACACUAUACAGGACAGAGUAACUCACAAAUAGUGAAUGGGAAUUCCAUUUAUCCAACUGGAUACGACUUUAUAUCAAUUCCAUCGGAAAUAUCUCAAUAUAUUAUUCAAAAUCAUGCGGAUCCAUUUGCCUGGUGGAUUGCGCAAUUCAUUGGAUAUGCGAUGAGAAUGAGGCCUGAAUUUGUGAAUCAACUUAACGGAACCGCCCAGAAAAUAAAAUUCACUAAUCCCAUUGCCGGAAUGCAUAUUCGUCGUGGGGACAAACUGAUUAGGGAAGCAAAAAAACACGAAGUUGAGGAAUAUAUGUUUUUUAUUGAAAAUUGGUUCGACGAACAAAAUAUAGAACAAAGAACUAUAUAUGUGACAACCGAUGACGACAAAGUCUAUCAGGAAUUAACAACGAAAUAUCCCUCGUACAAUUUCCUCACAACUCCAACCGAUACUAUGCAAAGAGGACUCAAUGCUCUUCAGGGAAUAGUCACCGAUGUAUAUCUACUUUCUCUAUGUGAUUUUGUGGCAUGUACGGGGUCUUCCAAUAUUUGCCGUCUCGUUUACGAACUAUUAACAUUUAAUCAUCACGACGCAUCUACAAGAUGGCAAUCAGUGGACGAUAUGUAUUACUUUCAUGGAGCAGUAUUUCCUUACGUUGCGAUAUCUGACCAUACAGCGAGAAAAGAAACGAGAGAGAUUGGUGUUCGGGAAGGUGAAAUAUUGAAAGUGGCCAAAACUGGUGGUUGGGCGACAGAUGGGUUCAUAAACUGCGAGAAUACCAACAAUCAAGAGAAAGGAAAAGUUCCAUUGUAUAAAAUGCGAUCGAAGCCAUCUGUUGAUAGUUUCCCGAUCCUGCAUUGACCUUCAUGCAAUACUUCCGCAAAAUUGUCAACGCAAAGUUAGCACAGCUUCCAAAACUGAAAUUAAAGUUAACAGAAUGAAUAUUUAAUGAAUAUCAAUAAUACAUCUCUGAGUUAUAUAUUCUAAUCAUGAAUCACGUACCUUUUUCUUUGCAUCUGAAAAGCAAAUUAUUUAUUUUAAACGUUUCAAUUUUAUAUUGGCACAAAAAUACCCUCUUAUGCAUAAAAAUGUUUGGAUAAACCUUUAUUAAAAAUUUAUUUAUGCUGCCCACUGGAUCCAGUGCUUCGAAAGCCGAAGACCGGCAUUAACAAGUUUAUUUCUCAUCUACUUUACCAGCGAAAACGACAUUCUGUGCCUGGUCAUAUUUUAAAACGUAUCAUUCUUCUGAACAAACACGUAAUGCAGCACAGAAAUUUAUUGACACAGUCACAGCUAUAGCUACCUUGGCUUGUUCGUUGAUAUUUUAACAGAUUCGUACGACUGAUACUGAUUCGUCAAAACGGUUUUAGCGCCGAUUUAUUCAUUGUUAUAUAUAUCUGAAAAACAUACCAUGCAUUAGAUCGAUGUGGGUUAUUUAAACAGGGUCCAGAAUUGUUCAAUCUUGGUGCCCAUGCAAGUAUGAAAUCGAGUAAAACAAUACAAAACAACUAGUUUUAGAAUUAUUCGCUGGUGAAAGUUUUCAGUUUGAUUUGGCUCGUUCGACUGUACACGUCUCAAGAUUCUAUAUAC